CUCCGACUCUCCGUGCAUUUAACCCUCCACUCUUCGAAAGCUAAACCCAGAACAAACACCGCGCUCCGCUACAGUCCACGCUAUACACAAACACACACACGCGAUACUCUUACCUUUUUGGCAAAGUCUCAAGGCUUGGUCCAAGUGCUGCCAUGGCGGUUGGACUCUCCGCCGCAACCCCCAAACCCUUCCGUCUCUUCCAGCACUCCCUCCUCCAAAAACCCUCACCCCUCUUCACCUCCUUGGCCCUCCGCCAUAGCCAAAUCCACAAAACCCGAAGAAAAACAUGUUUCACUGUCUUUGUAAUCAUGGAGGACCAAAAACGAAAUUCCCAGUUGGAGAAUCUCAAAGAGGAAGACCCUGGUCCUGGUGGUAUGAAUUCUCAGAUCCCAUCCACACGUGCGGCAGAGAGGUUGGCCAGGAAGAGAUCCGAGAGGUUCACUUAUCUGGUCGCCGCUGUUAUGUCUAGCUUGGGUAUUACUUCCAUGGCUGUCAUGGCUGUUUAUUACAGAUUUUCUUGGCAAAUGGAGGGUGGAGAGGUGCCCUUGUCUGAAAUGUUUGGUACAUUUGCUCUCUCUGUGGGUGCUGCGGUGGGUAUGGAGUUUUGGGCUAGAUGGGCUCACAAAGCUCUCUGGCACGCUUCUUUAUGGCAUAUGCACGAGUCCCACCAUCGACCAAGAGACGGUCCCUUCGAGCUCAACGAUGUUUUCGCUGUAACCAACGCUGUCCCAGCUAUUGCUCUCCUCGCCUAUGGUUUCUUCCACAAGGGCCUCGUUCCUGGCCUGUGUUUCGGCGCUGGGCUUGGAAUUACGGUGUUUGGCAUGGCGUACAUGUUCGUGCACGAUGGAUUGGUGCACAAAAGAUUCCCAGUGGGUCCCAUCGCCAACGUGCCCUACUUUAGAAAGGUCGCUGCGGCUCACCAGCUCCAUCACUCGGACAAGUUCGAUGGUGUGCCAUACGGUUUGUUUUUGGGACCUAAGGAACUGGAGGAAGUGGGAGGCCUGGAAGAGUUGGAAAAGGAGAUAAAUAGGAGAAGCAAAUCAUAUAUAUAACGGUGUAUGAUUAUCAACGGGACCCCGUUUUGUAGCAAAAUGAUCAGAGUAGAUGUAAGUAGAGUGAUGAAAUAUAUAUCAAUGGUUUUGAAGCCCUUAUUACUGUAGUUGUAAUUGUACAAGGACAGGAAAAUAAGUAAAAAUGAUGAAACAGUCAAUUGAGGAAACUUUAAACGAUUUUUAUCCA